UCCCCGACAGCGACAGCAUGUCCGACAUCUUCGGCAUGACCUUCUGGGCCAACAUGAGGAUAUCGUGGGAUGGUUCUACUUACUGGUGCUACUCGCAGCGCGGCUUGGCCUACAUCCGCUUCUGCGUUGUCGCCGCCGAUGGCCGCCUCGUCGCCGAGAUCUUCGGGCGCGCGUGCCCCCCGCCCACCGCUUGGGGCGCGGCUGCCUGGCAUCUGCGCUCCGCGACGCCUUGGGCCGCGACUCCGGGCGCGUCCACCGUCUGGGGGCGCUUCGCCGCCUCGCCUCCGCCGAGCUUAGUGCCCGCCGCCGCUGGGUGCGCAGACAGCGCGACCUCUGCGCAGCUGAGUCCGACUCGCGGCUCUUUCGCAGCGGCGACGACGAACAUGGCGAAGACGCUGUACCAGACAAGCCAGACCUGUGUCUGA